AUGAUUGAUGACGAAUUGAAAACGCUCUACCUUAUUGAGAUUGAAAAGAUACUCAACAACAAUGCAAGGUUUUUAAGAGACUAUCAGUCAAUGCCAUAUCGUGAGAUGUCUGAUGUUUGCCUUUUUCGGAAUAAGCUAAUAGAGGAAGAGUUAGCAUAUGACACAAAUAAGUUAACUCAUACAAACUUAUAUACGGAACAAAAGAUGACUCAUGAGAAAAGUGGGUGUGGUAAGACAUUUAUUUGGAAUGGACUUUCUUCUACUAUUCGGUCUAGAGGAAAGAUUGUUUUAAAUGUCGCAUCUAGUGGAAUUGUGUCUUUACUCCUACCUGGUGACAGAACGGCUCAUUCUAGAUUUUCAAUACCCAUUACAAUUACUGAUGAAUCUACUUGUAACAUCAAGCAUGGCAGUUUGAAGGUUGAGCUGCUCAUCCAAAGUAGCUUAAUAAUUUGGGAUGAAACUCCAAUGCUCAAUAAAAUGUGCUUUGAAGCACUUGAUCGGACGCUCAGGGAUCUUGUGUCAGUUACCGAUCAACAUAAGUCACAUCAACCAUUUGGUGGUAAGGUUGUUAUUCUAGGAGGUGAUUUCAGACAGAUACUUCCGGUGAUUUCGAAAGGGAGUAGACACGAUAUAUUGACAUCAGCUAUUAACUUAUCCCAUCUGUGGUCGUUUUGUAAGGUUCUGAAACUGGAAACGAACAUGAGGCUUCUAAUGUCUUCUUCAAAUCAAGAUGAAGGUGAAAUGAAGAGAUUUGCUAAUUGGAUACUUGAUGUUGGAAAUAGAAAUAUUGGUUUUGUUGUUGGUGUUGAAUUAGAAAUUGAAAUUCCAGAUGAUCUAUUGAUUACAACUACUGAUGACCCUCUCUCUCAUUUGGUAGACUUUGCAUAUCCAAAUUUGUUGCAAAACAUGUCAGAUUACAGGUAUUUUUAG